CUAAGUUUUUCUUUUUAAAAUUCUAAAAUUCUUACCCUGGUUUUGCCUAACGAGACAUGUUGUACGGAUCUCUGAUUCCUCAGUUUAUUUUUUUUUAAUUUUAAAUUAGCUUCUGAUGCUAAAAAUUUUAAUGUUUGCUCAAUUUCACGCACAAGGACAGCGACCGCUAGAUGUUGGAUGAACACUUUUUCUUUUUGGUCUCUUUCCACUUCAUAUUUUAGUCUUAUGCAUAACUGAGUUGGAAAUAUGGUGCAUAAAGAAAACUGUAACUUCUGGAUAAUCGUAUCCUCCUUGAUUAGUUUGCUUGAUUAAUCACUCAUCCGCAUACUCUCUACAUGGCUAUCCUCAUGUAAUCUAAUGCGUUUGCUCUGGACCAUUGGCAAAAGUAUUGCUGGAUGCCGAAAGUAUCAUAUCAGUUGUGUUUUUAUUAUGCAAGUUAAGAAUCCCAUUCAAAUUAGUCACUUCCUGCGAUAACUUUCUAAGGCUGUGUAGACAAAUUUCAUGAAAAGAAUUCUUGACCUCAUUCACAUCUCAUCUCAGAUGGAUUUUAUAAAGAAAAUUUCAAGGGCAAUUCUAUUGGAAGAGGAUCGAUCAUAAAAUCAUGUUAGGAAAAUGACAUUCAAAUCAUGUUAUAUGCCCCAAAUUAUUUUAGUUGAUAAAAUAAGAAAAGUUAAUCUUUGAGGAAAUCUAUUUUAUUAUUUGCUUUGUCCUUGUUUACUUGCAUAUUUCCUUCUUGGAAAUUUUGUGUCCAUCAUUGAUCAAUAUGGCGUGUUGUAUAAUUUAUAAAUACUUUUUAGAUUUUUUUAUUGACUAUUCAAUCUUGUGAUGAUAAUUUUUUUUUUUUUGGAGCAUGAAUCACAUCCUACAGUGAGUCAACGUACAUGCGAAUCUGCCAAACUGCAAUAUCUAGGUUUGCAUCAGUGUGGUUUUGACUCCAUGAUUUCCUGCCCUACUUCAGCUUAUUUAAUUAGAGUUUUCUAUAUAGUAUAUUACCAUUACCCCUGCCAAAAGCUAUUGUGGACUUAACUUUAUGUUUAACAAAUGUGAGAUGGAAGGUAUUUUUGGAAAUUGAGAUUUCUUUAAUAUUCUUGGUAUUUUUCUACUAUAGCUGUUGUAAACAUGGGUGUAGUUUUAUGCUUAUGUGUUUUUCUAAGAAAUAAUUUAAAAUUAUUGGGCUAAGAAUUUUGUGGCCCAGUUUUUGAUUUAGCAUCCAUAGAUCAAUGAAGAAUUUAUUAGCUUUUUGUAUUAUGGUUAGGCUUGAUGCUAUGGUUUGUGCAAUCUGCUACCUAAGAGGUAUGAAAUUGGGAAGUCUGAAUGGACUGAAAGGUAAGCAGCUUUCACUCACUCUCAUCAUCGUCUUCACAACAUUACUUAUUUGGAAAUGGGAGAGAAUUCCACACCAAGAUCCUUUUCACCAACAACAGGAGCAGGAUUUCUUUCCUCAAGUUGCUAAAGUGAAAUAUGUUCACGAGCAUCCAUUAGCAGAGGAAGACUUUCCAGAUUCAGACACCUCUGUUCAUCAGACUAGUGAAACAGUGGUUCAAGCUCUUAGUGAUAAUCCAGUAGGUUUGACAACAUCAAGUAAAGAAACAGAAGAAAACAAGGGUUUUGAGUUGCAGACUGUAAAAAUAAAAACAUGCAACUUUGCCAAGGGAAAAUGGGUGGCAGACGAGGGCAGACCUUUAUAUUCUGGAUUUGAAUGUAAGCAAUGGCUCUCUGAAAGUUGGUCAUGCAGAUUAACCCAGCGUGAAGAUUUCUCCUAUGAGAAAUUCAGAUGGAAACCAGAAGGUUGUGAUAUGCCAGGGUUUGAGGGCUCCAGCUUCUUGAGGAGGAUGCAGGACAAAACAAUUGCACUUGUAGGAGAUUCAUUGGGAAGACAACAAUUUCAGUCACUAAUGUGUAUGGUCACUGGUGGUAAAGAAAGACCAGAUGUCGAAGAUGUUGGGCUACAGUAUGGUUUUACCAUGAGCCCGGGUGAUAAACGGCCUAAUGGAUGGGCUUACUGGUUCCCAAGCACUAACACAACCAUCUUGUACUAUUGGUCUGCGACGCUCUGUGAUAUUGAACCUCUAAAUGUGUCAAACCCAGCUACUAGUUACGCGAUGCACCUUGAUCGGCCAACAUUAUUUUUAAGGCAAAAUCUCCAUAAAUUUGACGUUCUGAUACUGAACACCGGCCACCACUGGAACAGAGGGAAGCUUAGAGCUAAUAGGUGGGAAAUGUUUGUUAAUGGAUCACCUAACACUGAUAGAAAACUUGCAGCCAUGGGCAGUGCCAAAGACUUUGCUGUUCAUAGUGUCAUCAAGUGGUUAGAUAGCCAGUUACAACACCUUCCAAGACUGAAAGCAUUUUAUAGAUCAAUUUCUCCCAGGCAUUUUUUCAAUGGAGAGUGGAAUUCUGGUGGUACUUGUGAUAAUAUUAGGCCUCUCGCUGGAGGGAGCACGGUAUCGCAGAAUGCUGCUAAUAAUGUUGCUGCCUUAAGCCCAGUCACCGGCACAAGGGUUGUGCUUUUGGAUAUCACUGGGUUAUCCCAACUGAGGGAUGAAAGCCAUAUAUCCAAGUACAGUAGUAAAGGCACACCAGGUAUUCAAGAUUGUUUGCACUGGUGCCUGCCAGGUAUACCUGAUACAUGGAAUGAGGUCCUGGCUGCACAGCUUUAGGCUUUCUUUUAUCGUCUGAUGAAAUUAUUCAUUUCAUUCUUUCUCCUGCCCUUGAAGUUUUACAUUGACAUUGCGAAGGUAGAGAACUAGAGACAGAAAGAGGUGGGUUUUAAAGUACGACGUUUUGCUCCCAUUUUAAAUUUACCCUUGCCGGAUGAUGAUCAACACGUAGAUUUUCGAUGAGGAGGAUGUCAUGUAAAGCUGGUUUCACUAUCAAAACCGUGACUGUUGAUUUGCAUUUGAUGUUAUAGAUUGUACGAUGCCAUUAAGAUUGAUGUAUUAGUUCCUGCUGGUGAGCAUUUAUUCCCUA